CAUGAUUAAAUAGAAUUAUGUGAAUCGCCCAAACAACAUGGCGGUGUAAACAAGGUGCGUGUCCAAAUUUCCGGAAUCUUUAGUAGAAAGUGCAGCACACAUAAUAAUUAUGGAUACCAGUAUACGUUCAUUAUUAGUAGCAGCCCAAAAAAUUAGUGGCCAGGAAAAGAACCCAGCACUGCUGCAAGCCUAUAGUUUGCUGAGAAAUGUUGCAGAAAAUAAACCUACAGUGGAUAAUCCAGAGGCAUUCAGCCCAGACCUCUAUGUCCAAUGUGCAGAGAUUGCCUUCCAGAAUGGGUUAUUUGACAUCUCAAAAGAAUGUUUAAAGAUGUACUUUAUGAAGCCACCACCUGGGAACCAGUUCUUAUGCCGAGCUUACCUGUGUCAGUCCCAGCUGUUGGCUCCCAAAGCCACCAUACCAGAACAGCUAGAGAAGGCAGUUGUUUACUUGCUCAAGGCUAUAUCAUUCGCUAAAGGCAAUCCAAGAUACCAUUUCCUGGUGUACAAUGCCUCAGUGAUAUACUGGCAGUUUUGCCGUCCGUUCUUGAAGCAGAAUUUUCGACAGUUCCUGGCACGUAGCCUGCAUUCUGUGGUGAAAGCUUUAGAUGAUAUAGAUGAUAAAGAUUAUGAAUGGAGAGCUCAGCUUAUGAUUGCAUUGAUUGAGUGUAAUCUGGAUGCAGGGAAGAAGAACGAUGCUGCCCAGAUUGCAAGUGCUGCAGCUGCCUUUAUAAAACAGAAUGUGCCACAUCUCUAUAAACAAGUGUUUGGACUUAUAAUAAGAAAUCAGCUGAUAGAUUCUUCAAAGUUCCACAAGGACAUUAAAGCUUCACCAGAGUUGGGAAUUUUCUACAUGAUUUGUAAACUCAAAGUAUCAUUAGAGAACAAUGAGCCGAAGGAGUACUAUGCAGAAAUCCAGCGUAUAUUGAACCAGAUGGGUGUUCCACACAGUGAGAGUCACACCAAGAAGAAGAAAGGUCGGACACAGUCUCCAUCCUCAGUUACAGAUCCUGACAGUGAUUUAAUGUCACGUGAAGUGAGUGAAUUAUCUCUGCCUGAUUCUCUGAAGGGAAAGUCCCCUGCACCCAAAUUGAAAAAUGGGGACUUGAGAAAGGCUCUACUGUCUGAAAAGACAAAUGAGAGUCUCAAGUCAAGGUCGAGGUCUCCUGCAGUGAGGACCUCCCGGGAGGGGUCUACAGUGAAACAGAAAACCCACAGGGAGUCAGAUCGGAAAAGUCCAACAAAAGGUACUGGCAGACGUACACCAACACCAACAUCAACCAAGAAAAUCUCUGCAGAGAGUCAGGAAAAGCCUUACCUGUUGUUAGAAUUAGCGAGGUUAUGUUUGGAGCUGGACUUUCCAGAUCUUGCUCAGGAUUGUGCGGAUCACAUGAAGACAUGUAAUGUGAAGGAUCAGGGAUUCUACCUGGAACUUGAGUUUCUACAGUGUGAUAUCAUGGUAAAACAUCUAGCAGAGAAACAAGAGUCUCUACACAAACAUGUUGUUGAUAUUCGUCAGCAAGCUAUAAAGAGAUGUGAGGAGGUUAUUAUGAAUGCCAUACGUCUUGGUAACCCUAAUGUUAUACAGGUCGGCUGUGUGACCCAGUGGAACUUGUGCUUGCCACUGCUUCAACCAAACCUUAGACACCAUGUACGCAAACCCCUCACACUGGUGGCUGAGGCCCUGGAAAAUAUACAGAGUUUGCUGGUACAGUUGAGAUGUCAGGUACAUACAGAACUUGCUAAAUGUGAGGAAGAUGUGGAACAGAUAGAAGUUGCCAUGACAAAUCUGAAAAAGGCACUUGCCCUAGAUGAUGCUAAGAUCUAUCAGGAGAGGCUUGAGGUGAUGUUACACAGACUUGAACUUCGGUCUGAACUCUACAAACAGCCGGAGAGGGUGGAAGACAUUGCUGGCAUGAUUAUAGAGCAGGCAAGGAAAGCUAACUCUGGCACAAUGAGAAUGAAGAGAUCAUUGUUAGUGAAGGCUGGUGAAGCUUUAGCUCCUGAUGCAUUUAACCUUGUCCUGGACAGUGAAAGCAGCACAAAAGCUCUUGAACUUGCUCUUGGCAAGAACAGUAACGAUGUACCUGUUGGAAAAGCUCCUCUUACACAAAUCAAGAAGCUUGCUAACAAAGCUAGACAGUUCAACAAAUGUGUGAAGAAAGCAGAAGGCCAUCUUCAGAGACUGGGCAAUGAAAAUGAUAGAGAAAGAGCAAGACUUUGGGGAGACUUAGCUAAGACUGCCCGCAAACAGGAGGUAUGGGAUGUUUGUCGUGUGGCCUCUAGAUUCUGCUUGCUUUAUGAUGAUGGAAGAUGGAAAAAUAUUAUCAUAGAAAAAGAUGAGAGUCCAAAGCCACCAGAGAAGUCUAAGACAGCAGAUUCAAAUGUUGCAGACGGCACCCAGUCAGCCAUGGACCGGUCCAGCACACAGCUUACCCAGCAAGAUGGAGGAAGGUCAGACUCCCCUACACCACAAUCUUCACUGUAUGACAAAGAUCUUCUCAGGAUGUUUGCUGAGGUUAACUUCAUUCAAGGAGAGGCAAUGGUUCACCUGUUACGUACAGAAGGAGUCCAACUGAAUGACGCUCCUAUACCUCCAGUUGACACACGCAAACAUCCGAAAGGUUAUGUUGCUAAAAAACCAGAGGAGGAUCCUGAUUGGAUAGAAUACUGUGACUGGAUAAAAUCACUGUCAGAAUGUGGUACAAGCAGUUUCCUGCGAGGUUUAGCACUUGGUGUUGAGCUGAAUGAAGCCUGGCUGGUCUGCUGUGCCACAACAUAUGUGUGGAACUACAAUAACCAUGUGUUAACACAGCUGAGGCAUAGAGAAAUCAUGGAUACUCUGACUGUUGUAUUUGAUGGACUGAAAAAUGUUGGACAUGCAAACGAGACUUCCUCGCUAGUAAAUGUAUGUAACGCUCUGUCAUACGCCCUGAUGAAGCCCUGGAUACCAGUAUCCAGCAAGGAGACAACACCUCCAGAGUCCCCCGGGAGAAUAGACUCUGGGAAGAAAGGAAAGGCUGAUCCUAAAGCAAAGAAGAGUACUACAAACAUGGUAACAAUUGCAUCCGAAGCCAUGCCUGACCUGAAGAAAGCCAUUGAGCCUUGGACAGAGGGUCAGAGAGCAAUGUCAAGGUCUAUUGUUGCUGUGGAGAUGUUGAAACUCAACAAGAACAAUAUCAUGGAGUUUAAGGAAGUGCCUCCCAUAGCUGAGGUUGCUAACAUGGUAGAGGAAUGCAGAUGGACUGAUAAGUUUGUGGAGCUCCAACUAUGGUCCCAUCUCACAUCUCUGGCGUAUGAUCAAAAGAUGCACAGCUUGGUUAUGCGGUGCAGCAAGAAGGCUUUGAGGUUUGCUACAACAGGAACACAACCAAAGACCAAGAAAAUAGAUGGGCACAGCCAGAUGGUAGAGUUUGAAAUGUUGAGUUACUCCAGUGGUAUCCUUGGUCAAAGUCUUGUGGACAACAUGGGUGGCAAAAAUGCCAUACGUAGAGAAUCUUUGUCAGCAUUCCUCAACAGUGCAAGGUUUGCAAUGAAGGCAGAUAACUAUGAGCUGGUGAUGACUGCAGCGAGACAUUACUGGAACACAUGUUGUCCGCUGGUCAGUCAGCCAAUAGAACGAGAGCUGCUCAGGGAACCAAUCAGAAUCAUCCUGCAGUGUAUUACAGAAACUGCUGACUCACAGAAGAAAAAGGAGGAAAAGACUGAUGAUGAGAAGAAAGAUGAAGAGCUAAGUGAAGAGGGUGUAGGUGAAAUAAAGGAGAAAGAAGAAAAGACUGUUGGUGGUAUAGGAGCAGUCGAAGAUGAUCUUACACUCAGAGCUGCCCUGUAUGGUGUCCUCUUCCAGUCCUUUGCGGAUAAGGGAGAAUGGGAAGCUGGAUUACAGGCCAUGGAUCAAGCUAUCACAGACAUGCCUCGUACAAAACACAGGCUGCUGAUUUUCAAACAUCGUGUUAUAACCAAAGCCAAAUUAGGAAGAAGUGUUGCCAUGGAUAUUCAAAAGUUCAAGAACGAGAUGCGUUACCUUAAUUCAAGUCGGUCAAAGAAGAAAAAGGAUGAGAGUGAGGACUAUGUGGCACAUAUGUGGAGACGUGUUGCACUGAUGUCAAAGGAGACUGCUGAACAACUACUGUCUUACCAGAAUGCUAUUGAGGCACUUAAUAGUCAGAGCAAUGAAUGGUUGAAGAUAGAGCUGUUGUUAGAGUUUGCCCAGUGGCUAUGUGUGAAGGAUUUCCCACUAGAGGACUGCACAGACCAGGUAGAGUGGGCUAUAGACAUGAUGCAGAAUAUGCAGGCUGAUAUUGAUGCUAGGAAAGAAGAAGAAGCAAAAGCUGCUGCAGAGGCUGCUGAAGCCAAGAAAGCCACUAAAGGAGGAAAGAAAGACAAGAAGGGUGCACCACCUCCUAAACCUAAAGUACCAUCUGCCAAGAAGGAGAGAACACAGGUUAAAGACAGCAUCAAGGAGAAAGAAGGCAAAGAUAAAGGUGAUGGAACAGGAAGUGACAUAAAUGCAGAGGAUAUUGUUCCUCAGGCCAGGGAGGCUGUUAUAGGUGUUUUACCAACGAAUCCCUCACUGAAGAUUCAGGAGAUCACAGAUAUUAAGGUGCUUGAUGGUCUGAUACGUGCGCACGUGCUUCUUGCUGAGAUUGUAGGUCGAGGAUUACCCCAGUAUGCUGACUACCUACUCAUGGCACAUGCUUAUCUCAUGAAACUCUGGCAGGUGACAGUGAAAGUAUCAGGCCCCACAAUGAAAGAGAUCCUGAAGAACCCUCCACAAGCCAUUGAAAAAGAUCCCAAGGGGUCAGCAAAGAAGAAGGAUAAGGGGGCAGAAAAAGCUCCAGUGAAGGAGAAACCAAAACGUAAAGGACCAUUAGACGUGAUACCAAACACGCUGGAAGAGUGGGCAGUAUAUGAUGUUCCUGACGAGGUAAUUGAGGCAUUCAAGCAUGAGAUGAUGGAAGAAACUGGCAUUAAUAAACACACAAUUGUUAAACCUAUGUUGACAUUGCAUUAUCUUGAGUCUAUGGUGACACAGUUGAGAGAUAUUGGGUAUAAUCAUCUCACGUUGCCCAUCCUUGCAUUUGAAGAUCUUCUGUCUCGUGAUCUGCUGCAGAAUGAUUCACUCAAGUUUCUAGUGCAUAAUCGUGCCUUGGAAGUGUGUCUAGAGCUAAACCUGACAAAUGGAUAUACAUUCCAUGAGAAAAUUGUCGGACCAGUCAAUAUUAAUGAUGCUGAUCAGGCCAAGGAAAAGGAGCUUGCCAAGUUGGCAGACAUUCCAGAGGAGGAUGAAUCCGGUGGUGGUGUUGAAUUAGAUAAACAUUCCCGACAGUUCCUGAAAUAUGCUAAACAGAUAAGACAAAUGAAGAGCUGUGAUAGUGUAUCUAGACAAUACCUGAUACAGGCAACAGAAUGUCUUUUACAGACACUCCUCCUGGCUCUUAGUAAAAAAUACACUGAUAUAGCAGCAGUUGCAGCGCUGGAGUUGGUGGAAUGUUUUGGACAGUACGACCCUGUGAUCAGUACACAGUUUCUCGCUCUCUACCAGAGUUGUAACAUAUCAGUACGCUUGAACGAUCUGCUUCACCGUGCCCAACUGGACCCAAUACAGUCCAAACUGGCAGCACUUCUCAGACAGCGAGAGAACCUACUUACAAAGGAUGUUUCCUAUAACACUGGUGCAAGUUCUGUGAUGACAACAGUACAAAAUGCUCUAGAAAAUGACUGGCAGGCUUGGAAGAAGAUGGAUAUACUGUCAAAUCAUAUGGAUAUAUUGAAGGAACUGCCCUCCAACUUUAACUUUAUCGUGCUGCAGCAUUCUCCAGAUAAGAAAUUUCUGUAUGGUGCUGUUAUGGACAAACCAAAGGGUACCCCGGCUGCUGGAGGUGGUGACAAGAAAGGCAAUCCUAAACAAGGAGCUCCAGCACCAAGCCGAGCAAAGGUGUUUGGUAUGGAGACAAGUCGUGCGGAGUUGGAAGCACUGUUAAGUAAAUGCCGAGAGCACAGACAGAACGUACAACAGCUGCUAGUAAAACAGGAAUAUCAGCGUUCUCAGGCCGCCAUGAGACGUAAAAUGUUGGAAAACCUUGAUGAUAGUAUGAAAAGUCAGAAACCAAAGACACUGGUAGAUGAGAGCGAGAAGGAAGAGCGCCACCUACAGGAUGAGUUCCGUGAUCUUGUUAUGGCAAUAGAAAUGUACCUUAAACCAAUAACAGCUCAGUUUGAUGGAAUUCUAGUACCCCCAGUGCCUAGCCCAUCAACCAGUGUUACAGAGAAGCCAGGACGUGAGCCAAAAGAACCUCCACCCCCACCUCAGGAGUAUGCAAUCCUUCUGGCAGACCCAGAGCUCAUGGAGCUGCCCUUAGAGGCCCUGAAGGUGUUCCAAGUGGAGAACAUCAUAUCACUGACCCGAGACUUCUCACUACAGUUGUUCUAUCAUAGAUACCACCAGGACACCCCAGAAGCCUCUCAUGCACCAAGUAAAAAGGGUGAAGCCCCUAAAAGUGCUGCCCCUAAAUCUGGGAAGUCAGCACAUGGUCAGGGCAGUGAAGAUACUGCAGCGGCUGCUGCCAAGAAGGCCAAGUCUAAGGGUGGGGACCAACCAUUCUCUAGAAUACCUGGGCUUAGAGAUGCAAGCAAGAAAAUGGCGAAAAUUAUUCCACUGAACAGACCACUUAACCCAUGGAAUGUUCCAGUAGAUACCAUGAAUUUCAGAUUUAUUGUUGAUCCUCAUCUAGACUGUGCUGAAACUGAGGAGAACAAACCAAUAGAUGUGUUUAACAAAGUGUUAGAAGAUUAUGAACAACAGUUUACACCACGCUGGCUAGGAGUUAUGGGAAAUGAACAUACACCAAGUGUUGGUGAAUGGGAGGUCUACCUGUUAGAGAAUAGCGCUUUUGUCUUCUAUGGUAUGGAGAGAUUGCUUUCAUAUAUUCCACCAGCAAAACUUUCGGCGCUAAAUAUACCUGAAUGUAUGAUUGUUUACUCUCUGGAUAUGGCACAGACCACUAAAAGUUUCACACGGCAGUCUAAAAUAGAUGUCCUCAAAAGUUCAAAGGUCCUGCCACUGGAGAAGCCUGUAGAGACAGCUAUGUUGACAAGUCUCACUGGGAUCAAGUGUAUCCUUGGCAACCAGUGGCAUUGUACACUUGCUGAAAAUGCUGCAAAACUCAACACUAACAUGAAAGAUUUGCUGGAAGGAGGUAUGUCUACCGGGGAGGCAAUACGUAUGCUGUUCACGCCAUACCGCAGGAAGAUACCGGUCACAGAAAGCGGAGAGGGUGAAGAAGAUACUGGAGGAGAAUCAGACAAAAAGGAAGAUGAAACAAAAAGUAUGGGAGAUGGUUCAGUGACAGAUAGAUCUCAGGCUAGCGAUAAAACAUCAACAACUGUUCAAGAGUAUAAGGAGAAUAUAGACAUUCAGAGAUCGUGGUUUAAUUUUGUAUGUUAUGGUCUACCAAACAUUGUUGUCACCCAGCUAUAGACAGUGCUACAAACUUAUGUUUCAUUCAAUUAUUGACUGCCAUAGAAGUUUACUUCCAGGUGCAGCUGUGAUUUACUUUCAAUUAUUAUGUUUAUAUUUAGAAAAUGACCUUUAAAUUUUUUCAAUUAAUUUAAAGAAAAUUUGUCAACUGUACUGUUAAGCCCAUUGUAUUAUUAAUAGGUACACAUUUUCAAAAUUUUCAGCAUUGAGGUGUUGUGAAGAUAAGCCGAUAUUAAAAAUCAAAUAUUCUCCAGAAAGAAAAGUUUUUAAAAACUAAAUGAGACUGAAUUAUAUUCAGAUUUAUAUUUCUUGCAUUCAGAAAUGAUUAUAUGUGUACAUAUGUCUUGUUAACAUGUUCAGUGGUAUACAUUUUAAAAAUAUUCUUUAUUCUUGAAACAAUCAGAAGAUUUAUAUGAAUGUUCUUAUAAAUAUCUGUUAAUGGCUGAAUUGAAGAUUCGGAAUUAUUUUAGUUCUCUUUUUCUUAAAACAGUAAAAUAAAUUCUAGAAUACUAAAAGUACUUUUCUCACAGAAAAAUAAUUAGUGAUAAAAUAGUGAAUCUCAAUUUAGAUAUAUGAGUUUUAUACACAAACUGUGUGCGUUUUUACUACAUUAUUAGAAAUAAAAUUGAUGCCACUAAAAUCUUCAUUAAUGAUGUUAUACAAAGUUUUAUGCAUUUUCCAGAUGGGGGGGGGGGGCUUUGAGACUCACUGGCAGUUAAUAAUUAUAGGAAAGUUCAGUUAUGUUCAUGUAAUUUUCUGUUUAAAAAUUUUUAGCUUAACUAUUCAAGAGCUAGAAUAGUAGAGCUAUUGGAGUCGCCCAUGCGUCCACGUCCGCAUCGGCAGCCGCGUCCCGAUUAGGUUAAGUUUUUGUAUGUAAGCUGGUAUCUCAGCAACCACUUGUGGGAAUGGAUUGAAACUUCACACACUUAUUCACUGUGAUAAACUGACUUACAUUGCACAGGUUCCAUAACUCUAUUUUGCUUGUUUUACAAAAUUAUGCCCCUUUUUGACUUAGAAAUUUUUGGUUAAGGUUUUGUAUGUAAGCUGGUAUCUCAGUAACCGCUUGUGGGAAUGGAUUGAAACUUCACACACUUAUUUACUGUGACAAACUGACUUACAUUGCACAGGUUCCAUAACUCUAUUUUGCUUUUUUACAAAAUUAUGCCCCUUUUUCAACUUAGAAUUUUUUGGUUAACGUUUUAUAUGUAAGCUGGUAUCGCAGUACUCACUAAUUGGAAUUGAUUGAAACUUCACACACUUGUUCACUGUCAUGAUCUGACAUGCACAAAGCAGGUCCCAUAACUUUAUUUUGCUUUUUUACAAAAUUAUGCCCCUUUUUCAACAUAGAAAUUUUUGGUUAAGUUUUUGUAUGUAAGCUGGUAUCUCAGUAUCCACUAAUGGGAAAGAAUUGAAACUUCACACACUUGUUCAUUGUCAUGAUAUGACAUGCAGUGCAAAGGGCCAAUAACUCAACUUCGCAUUUUACAAAAUUAUGCCCCUUUUUCAACUUAGGAGUUUUGGGUUAAAUUCUUAUAUGUAAGCUGGUAUCUCAGUACCCACUAAUGGGAAUGGAUUGAAACAUCACACACUUGUCCACUGUCAUGAACUGAUAAGCACUAUGCAGGUUCCAUAACCCUAUUUUGCUUUUUUACUAAAUUAUGCCCCUUUUUCGACUUUCGUACUCAUUCAAUCGACAAGGCCGUUGAAUAGUCGAGCGUUGCUGUCCUCCGACAGCUCUUGUUUUUAAGAGGAUACUAUUAUUGGGGUAAUCAUUUGGAUUUGUCUAGAUAAAUACAUAAAGUUAUCUGUAGUCAUUUGUUAAAAAUCUGUUUAAAAAAUUGUUAGUAUCUCCUGUAUGUUAAUGUUAUAUCUGAAAUGUUUAUUUCCAUCCAGAAAUUUUAAAAGCAACUGUGAUAUGUUUUUAUAUUCAUUGAAAUAAUUUAUACAUUUUGACAACUUUCAGAUAAAUAACAGCAAAAACAAAUGUU